CUACUGUACAGUGCAGUUGUCUGAAUUCUGGGACUUCACUCUAUCAAAAGCUGCACACUAGUUGAUACGCAUGUGGUAACAUCAUCAUGUUAUGUAGAGCGACUCAAACAUCACAAUUGCUUGCCAAAUACCCCAACACUGUAGUGAACAGCUAUUCCUGUCUGUCACUGGUUUCUAAAUAUAAAUAUAAUUGGACGACUGUGGAUCCUUUUUUUGCAUUGAAGACGGAAUUUUUGAAGACAAUUCGGAAUGCCUCAUGACGUGUAGGAGCCUUCUUUGCUCUAUGUAUCCCACGAGUCUCCUAAGCAUCUGGGUGGAUCAGACAGAAACAGCUUCAUGCAUGCUGGGAUAGCCUAGCCAGACCCCUUGAAAGGCCCCAGGCACCCAUCUCAUCUCUCCUAUAUACCACCUGCCUCCCAGUCCAGCACAGCAGACGUCACCACCGAUACCCGCGCAAUACAUCCACCAGGUUCGGAGGUCAGAGGACGAAGGUCGCAGAAACCACAGCGCCCGACGUAAAGCAGAGGAUGAUAAAACUCUUCUCUCUGAAGCAGCAGUCCAAGGAUGGGAGCACUGCUCAGAGUUCGAAGAAGACCAGCGCCGCCUACUUGAGAAUACAGAAAGAUCUGGCAGAUCUAAAUCUACCAAAAACAUGUCAGAUGGACUUCCCUGAUCCUGAUGACCUUCUGAACUUCAGGCUUGUCAUCAUGCCCGAUGAGGGAUUCUACCGGCAUGGUCGCUUUGUCUUCGGUUUCAAGGUUGGUCAAGGAUAUCCUCAUGAUGCUCCAAAGGUCAAAUGUGAGACUCAGGUUUAUCACCCCAACAUUGACUUAGAAGGAAAUGUUUGCUUGAAUAUUUUAAGGGAGGACUGGAAGCCAGUACUGACGAUCAGCUCUGUCAUUUAUGGACUUCAGUUCCUGUUCCUGGAACCCAACCCUGAUGACCCUCUUAACAAAGGUCAGUCCAGUCCCAUGUAUUUUUGUAGGCAACAAGUUACCCACACUGAGAAAACCCACUGUUUUCUGUGUUAGUCACUAACAUGACCUUCCUGACAGUUGAAAACCGAAGCAUGAACGUGAAUGCCAGUUGCAAAACAGAUCCUCACAUGGGUUCAGAAGAAAGGCCUUUGGUGCCUAGUCUUACCUCCAGUGCAGUUCUUCUGUGAAACACUAGCAAUAGGAAGUGUAUAGUACUGUAUGUGUUUAUGAGGCACGUAUUGGAGAUGCACUGGGGAACAAUGAGCUAUGCAUAAAAACCAUUAACACAUCGAGGGAUCUCUUACUCUUUUGAAACUCAAGUAUGAUUGCAGGGUCCUCAAUCACUGACUAAGACCUCUGCAAUUCCCUACCUAUAAAGUUGUGCACCAAGCCUGUGACAGACAUUAUAGAGAAGCACCAACUUCAGAGAAAUCUUGGGGCAGCCCUGUGAAAAUAUACUUAGAGGGGUAUUGUAAGGGCUAGAUUUAGAAAUGUUGGAACAGAACAAUAGGGGCAGAGUGAAAGAAUGCAAUUGAGUUCUGUUUUUCUAAAUUUAGCCCUUAUAAUACCACAUUGC